AAGUGGAUAAUGGAUGUUAAUCACUUAAGUUUUACAAUACCCUUGGCUGCAUUUCUUCUUUAUUUGAACUCUUGUUUUUGCGGCUUUGUGUUUGAUGAUGUAUCAGCUAUUUUAAACAACAAAGAUAUUUUAUCAAAUUCAUCAAUUUAUAAUUUGCUAUGGAAUGAUUUUUGGGGAACGCCAAUGGUUGAGGAAAGAAGCCACAAAUCAUAUCGACCUUUGACAGUGUUGACUUUUCGAUUGAAUUAUCUGGUUUCUGGUUUCAAUCCAUGGUCGUACCAUUUAUUAAAUGCUAUUUUGCAUUCAUUGGUUUGUUAUCUCGUAUUUAAAAUGAACAGCAAGAUUGUUGGACUGUGUGGAUCUCACAGCUUAGCUUCUGCACAUCGAAAUAAAAAUUCUAUCCACCAUGGAAAAGGAACCACCACAAUUCCUGGAAACUUGGAUUUAGAAAAAACUACAAAAACGAUUUCAUUUUGUGCUACUUUGCUCUUUGUGGUUCAUCCUGUUCACACCGAAGCUGUGACUGGUGUUGUCGGAAGAGCUGAAUUAUUAUCUGCAUUGUUUUUUAUUCUUUCCAUUCUCUGUUAUACGAGAACUACUGCUAAGUGCAUUAUUUUGUCUUUUGUUUGUACAAUACUUGGUAUUUUGAGUAAAGAACAAUCAAUUACAGUAUUAGGUGUUCUUGUUUUCGUUGAAAUCCUUGUUUUAAACAAGUUAAGUUUGGAUGAUUUCUGUUUAGUUUUGGUGAGAACAUUAACCUCUCGAAGGCAGAUGAAGCUAAAACCACUGUUUCUUAGAAUAACAGCUUGUGUUGGAAUGGGUAUUUGUUUAAUUUAUGCACGAAUGAGAUUAAUGCAAGGAGCUCUACCUCAUUUUACUGGUUUUGACAAUCCAGCAAGUUCAGAAAAAUUCCCUGCACGUCAUUUAACUUACAAUCAUUUGCUAUCUUUAAAUAGUUUGUUAUUAUUGAAUCCGUAUAACUUGUUGUGUGAUUGGUCAAUGGGAACAGUUCCUAUAAUAACAUCUUUUUUUGAUGUUCGCAACGUUGGUGCUUUAUAUUUCUGGGUGCUUUACAUAAUUAUAGGUUUGCAUGCUGUGUUCUCUCAUACAUUUGUAAGCAGAGUGGCAAGUUUUUGUAUCAGUGUAAUUACUUUACCCUUCUUGCCAGCUUCAAAUUUAUUCAUUCCUGUUGGGUUUGUUGUUGCUGAACGUAUUCUUUAUAUUCCAAGCAUUGGAUUCUGUCUGCUUGUUGCUCUGGGAUUCUUUAAACUUCAACUAAAACUAAAGAAAAAAUUUCUGGUUUGGUUUUUAUUUAGUUGUCUGAUUGCUGCACAUUCAAUGAAAACAAUCCAUCGCAACUUUGAAUGGAUUUCUGAGAGACAUUUAUUUAAAAGUGGUCUAAAGAUAACCCAACGCAAUGCUAAGAUAUGGAAUAAUGUUGGACAUACAUAUGAGGAUGAGAAUGAUUGGAAAACAGCUUUGUGGUUCUUUAAACAGGCUACUCUUGUACAACCAGAUGAUAUAGGUGCUCAUAUGAAUUCAGGUCGAAUGUUUGAAAACAUGAAUGAUUUUGUUGCAGCAGAAAAAUGUUACAAAGAAGCUAAAAGUCAUCUUCCUAAGCCAGUUCCAGGUCAAUCAUACACCACUAGGAUUAAUCCGCAUAAUUUGCAAUUGUUUAUCCGUCUUGCAAAUUUAAUUAAAAAGAACUCUUCAAGACACAGGUUAGAGGAAGCUGAGAAGUUGUAUGAAGAAGUAAUUCAUAUGCGACCAUCAUUUCUUGAUGCUCACAUGAACAGGGGAGAUGUCCUUCUACGACUGAAUAAACCGAAACAAGCAAUCGCAUCUUAUGAACAUGCUCUAUCAUUGACUACAAACAAAGCUGAUGUUUAUUUUAAUCUUGGUGUGGUACAUGAACAGAUGAAUGAGAAAGGAAAAGCACUGGAAGCAUACACAUACGCGAUACAACAGGAACCAACCCAUAUUAAAGCCCUAUAUAACUCUGCUGUUAUUUUGCAAAGCACAAGAGAUCCGGAUCUAUUACUUCGUGCAAAAUCUCGAGUGGAACGGAUAUUAAAACUGGAAUCUGAUCAUUUGCUUGCCAAGACUGUCAUGGGAUCUAUUUGUAUGGAUUUAGGUGACAACAAGCAAGCGAUACAGUGGUGGAGAGAAGUUUUAAAGGUGGAACCAAGUCAGAGAACUAGUCUGUUUAAUAUUCCAUUGCUGUUAUCAAAAAUGGAUGACUCAGAUGCGGAAUGCAUUGAAGCCAUAAAGGAAUUGUUAAAUCAUCAUUCGCAUCAUGUGAAAGGGUGGUUGUUAUACGGAGAUGUUAUGUUGAAUAAGAAAAAAGAUAUAAUAGAAGCUCAGCGAGCUUUUAAGAAUGUGAUGAAAGAAGAUCCAUCCAACGUUCAAGGCUGGCACAAUUUUUGUGUUACUUUGGUUCAACAGACAAAACUUAAAGAAGCUGAAAACUGUUUAAGAGAUGUUCUUCAACUGUCCCCACAUGAGACAUAUAUAUCAGAAAACCUUGCAUUUGUUCGGAGGCAACUUGCAUUGAAUGAAAAGAAGUUACAAGAGAGAAGAGAAGUUGAAGGUCGUGGAUUUAAAGUUGAUCAAAUUAAAGUGAAAGAAGAACCAACACAGGUGGGAAGAGAAACAAAAGUAUUAGAAGAAGAUAUUGUUUAUGUUGCUGCAAGCAAACCAAAGUCUUUGUCUUUUGAAGCCAAGAAGAUUAUCGAUAAACUUGAACAAUCAAACAAGGAUGAUCGGAAUAUUGACAAAAAACUGACAGAGGCUUCAAAAGCCAUAAAGAAGUUACAAAUGUUAAACAAUAAGGCACAAUUAAUGAAAGAAAAGAAGUGUCAAUCAACACCACCUAGUAAGAAAAAUGAAGUAGAUAACGUGAAAACUAAAGCAAUGAAAAAGCUUGAUGAGCUUGAAGCUUUACUAUAAUCAAUAUUUGUCUGAAUCCAUUUACUACUUUUCUGCAAGCCACAAUUUUUUUACAAAAGUUUAACUUUAUUUUUGUUUACAAACAACUUAGGAUUCUUUUUAAUUUUCUUUUCAAAUAAAACAUUCAGUUCAUUUUCUGA